AUGCAAGGCUACAUCAAAUACACCCAAGACUGUGACGACAACAAGUCGGAAUCCGCUCGUCUGCAUGAUCAGCAUGAUGUGCUUUUGCACGCCAUGGGUGACCGAGCCAUUCUUGCUCCCGUCGACUUCUCUCGGCGAUACUUGCGAAUCUUAGAUUCCGGCGCCGGCGAUGGUCGCUGGUUAUUUGACCUGCGACAGUACUUGGACGCAAAUGGAGCCGACGCUGGCACCUACCAUUAUGUCGGGACCGACAUCAAUCCUAGUCUUUAUCCCAAGUCACCACCCCCACACAUUGAAUUUUUUAAUCAGUCCAUCCUUGAAUCUUUCCCAACUAAGUGGCACGGGACCUUCGAUAUUGUACAUCAGCGGCUAGUCAUGGCGGCAGUGGCGCCUCCAGCGACAACCAUUGCUUCUGUCGUUGCCGAAUUAGGAGGCUUGCUCCGUCCUGGGGGUUGGUUGCAACUUGUGGAGCUUGACAAUGACUGUACUCCUGAGAAUGGGCCGGCUUUACGGCGAUUGUUGUAUUAUCACCAGCAGAAUUCGGAAGCAGGCGGCCUCGGCCCAAAUCUUUCGGUCCACCUCAAGGUUGCCAUGGAAAACAUCGACCUUGAGAAUAUAAAGCAGCAUUCGGUAGACGUCUUUUACGGGGCGAAGAAUCAAGGAGGUGAGGACCUCAAGGCGAAGAGUACUAGGAGUCUAUCGCAAGUCGUAGGACCAGUUUUGGCCCAAGCCAGGGUGGCUUUACCUAACACUUAUAUCAAGUCUGAUGAGAUAACAUUGCCUUCCCAACUGCAGCAGGAAGUCGCGGAAGUCGGGGCUCGACUACGUUUUAUUGUAGUCUACGGGCAGAGACGCAUCACAUCCUGA